AUGGCUCAAGGCCUCAGCGUUAGAGCAGGACUUCCGACUCCCUGCACCCAACUCCCAACUACUAGCCCACACAGCGCUCCCAAGUGCCUUAGCACGAUCACCACAUCAGCACCAGCGCAGAACUCCCAAACGCCACUCUGCUCCCGUGAGGACACUCAGCUGCUACCCACCCACAGGAACUCUGGCUGCCACGACCCUGUGGACCCCCAUCUACCAACGGCAGCUCCCAAAUUGGAACUCCAGCUGGCGGGGUACCCGGUUUCCAACUCCACCCUCUCCCCACCAGCCGGGGGCGCACCCCUGACCCACUUUUCCCGACGCCCCCCGCCCGAGACCCCCGCCCCGGCCGGGUGGAAGCCCGAGCCCCUAGGGCGGAAUCGAGCGGGGCGUGGGAGGCCCGCACGCUCCCCACCCCCCGCGGCGACCCGGAGGCGCGGAGCGUGCACCAAGGCUCGGCUCCCCCUCCCGGAGUGGCCCGUGCGGGAGCAGCUGCCCGCAAGGCCCCCGGCCCGGGGGUGCAAGGGCCCCGCCUCGGCCUGGGCCCCGGGCGCCGUGGCCCCCAGCGGAGGGGAAGGGGACAGAGGACGGGAAGAAGCUGUAAACAGCCCCAGCGUCCGGGCCUCGCCUCGAAGAGCCCCGCUUCCCAGGCCCCGCCGCGGGCCGCCCAGGACCCCGGCCCGCCCCGGGGCCGCGCCGCCCGGGGCCUGGGGCACCGGAGGGGAGUCAGGGUCCCUCCCCAGAAGGCUCGGGCGGCUCGCGGAGCGGCCCCGGCAGCAGAGAAGGGGGAAGUCAGGACUUACCUGUCAUUACUUUCUACGCCAUCUUGGAUCCACUUGUCAACGUCCCCACAAAGCAUUAUGGCCUCCCUUCCCCCACCGUGGCCUCCACGCCGGUUCCCUUUGCCCCGCCGCCCUCCUGCCCUGGCAGACACCCCACGUCUGCAUUCAUUCAGCCCGAGGAUUCCCUGGCGCUGGCGGCGGCGACCGCUCGCUGACUGAUUUAUGCGCACGCAAGUGAGCGUCCGGCUCCCGGUGCUCCGAGCGCCGCGCGGGCUCCGGCCGCCGCGCUUCCCGCCCCUGGGACAGCCGCGCGGGGGUCGCCAGGGCCGCCCUCAGCCCGGCUCACCGCUCCGGCACCCGCGCGGCAGGGAGGGGCCUCCGUGCAGGCAAGCCGUGCCGGGGCCACGGGAUGCGGGAACUGGGCGGACACCGGAUCCCCGGGUCAACCAGCCGUCGAAGCGCGAUUGGGGGAAAACCGGAAAAAAAAAAAAAGAAUAAGCUAAAUGCAACUUUUACCCCCUGUUUACUCUGCCUCUCGCCGUCUCCUCCUCUCGGCCGGUAAUGUGAUCCGCGACCCUCUAAAGAGGUAGAGACCCCUCCCCUUGGAAUGUGGCUUUGGGCUCCGCGGGACCCUCCCCGUUAAGAGUCCGGGCUGUGGACUGUGACUUCCCGGCGCAGGUAACUCAGUCGCCCACUGCGGGCGCGGGGCGGGGCGCGGAGGCGCGACAGGGCCCGGGGGAGGGUCCCCGGGAGGGUCUAGGAGAAGGGUGCUCCCGCAGCGGUCCACCUGCCUGGUUCCUACAGGACAGCGAGCCCCGGCGGCGGGGCCAGGGGUGGAGCGCGGGCGCCGCUGUGGCUUGGGGGCGGGGAAGGGGGGGGGAUACGGAGUCGCCCUGCGGCGACCCGGAGCGCUGCUAGUAGAACCCGAGCCGGCUGAAACCCGGACGUUCUGCUGGGCUCACCACUCUGGCCUGUUAGGGUUGCAGAGACCCCAGCAUCAAUCCAGUAGCCUAAGUUCCCCCAGAAACAGAGGUUUGUUCUUCAAUCCACGCACAUUCUCUUCCUAGAGCCUCCGGUGUCCGCUUUGCUAACUUUGGAGACCUGCUCUGAUUGCUGUUUUUUCCCCCCCUUUUAUUUUCCCAAGAAAGUGUUGGUAUACAAAAAGGUGUCCAGAAGAAAUUCUCCAAGACUUUUGGACCUAGGGUGUAUCUCAGUGAUAGAGUGGGUAUUUAGUAUGUCUCAAGGCGCUGGAUUCUAUCCCCAGAACCAAAAAUAAAGAAAGAAAAACAAAUAAAGAAAUGCUGCGAGGUAUCAAAGUAUUCGGUACAAAAUGCUGUUGAAUGGCUUUGCAGUUAGAAGAAAUCGCGGGUACCAACGUUAACCCCGCCCCCACUGCAUUCCUGUUUCGGUGCUUGGGGAGGACCCUAGGUUGGCCCUAAAGUUCUGCACUCCUCUGGAUCUUACCAGAAGUCUCUUUAGGAACUAGUGUGGUUGCAGACACAAGCCCUGCCCCCGGGGAGCCAAAAACUCCACCGGGCAAUUGUCUUGGCCAGAGGAGAAGAGUGAGGUGUGGACUCAUUAAGGGAUUGGCCCGGGGUCACUCGUGAGGGAGGGAGCAGGUGAGUCACUCCCAGCCACUGAGAACCGGCUUGCAGAGGAGGGACCUCCCCUGAGUCACUGCUUCGCUGAGCUCCCGAGAAGCUCAGAAUGAGUUGAGAAACUGAAGCCUGGAGCCAAGUUUUUUAGAGUUUCAAAGCUCCUGUAGCCACUAGGGAGGGGCUAGGCAGCGCUCCCUCCCACCCCAGACCUCUGUAAUGCAGUUCCAAAGUCCUCUUUCCCCCAUACCCCAGUUCUCACUUAUUUAGCCACUGGUAUGCACUGAUUUAAUGAUUGUCUUGUGUUUACAUGGCACCUUUAAAGAUGAGAUCUGAGCUACCUUGUAAGUAAACAUUAACAAAAUCAGGGCAAGGACUGGACCUCUCAAGCAUGCUUCUUUGGUAAUCUUCCUUUGCUUGCAAAGGCCUUGACCUAAAGAAAUGCUCCAUUCAAGUGAUCACCUGACCCAUUUACUACCUUCAGUGUGUGUCCCCGCCCAUCCUUGUCUAAGACCCUAUUACCUAUGCUUCUUCCCUCUGCCGCCCCACCCCACCCCACCCCUUCCCUUAUAGUCCGUUAAGCCUGUGGCCAACCCAGUGACCUUAGUGAAAUAUAAGUAGAUCUUGUGACUCCUCCCCUUAAACCUACCAAAGUCUUUCCAUCAUGCAUAGAAUAAACCCAGAGCCUGCAAGAUGGGCCAGGCUGACCUUCUGUCUUCCCCUGCAGUUCCCCACAUGUCCUUACUGCCAGAAUCCUGUUCCUCCAAUUCCCUGCCUGUCAUCAUCUUUUCAUCCUUCAGGUUUACCUUCUCAAGGAGGACCUCUGUGAUGCCUUAAGUAAAGCAGGUCAUUCUGCAGGAUCCUGCCUCAUAUUAGAAAGUAUCUUGCUAUGUCUUUGCUGUUUAUUAUCUGCCCCCUUAGAGUACAAGUUCCCUGAGGGCACAGUCCUCCUCUAACCUAUUGCUCUCAAUGCCUAGACCAGGACCUGACAUCCAGAGAUGCUUAGCAAAUAUCCGUUGAGUGAAUGACCAAGCUGCUGCCAGGGCAAGCGGAUGUUGGUAGACAGGAGUGCUGAAGCCUGAAGUGAACGGACCUUCAUUCUCUUCAGAUCACUCUGACCAUGUACAACUAGAGGUGGCCAUAUAGGAAAACAGGCCAUUCAGCCUCCAUUAACUUAGAUGUAUUCUGCUCCUGAUCUGAUGGACACAUGCAGUACCAGAUAAUUACCCCAUCAUGUCCCGCUUCUCUCCCCGCUAUUACCCAUGACCAUACCUCAGUUUUCUACUACUUAAAGAGUCCCAAAGGCUUCUCUCUCUCUUCUCUCUCUUCUCUCUCUCUCUCUCUCUCUCUCUCUCUCUCUCUCUCUGAAACCAUAGUCCUACAUAGUCCACCUCCUCUCCUCUCUCUGAUAUCCUCUGUCACCCGUGCUCUUCGACAGCCACAAUGACCUUUUUUUUUUAAGGAGGAGAGGGAGAGAAAGAGAGAAUUUUUUUUUAAUAUUUAUUUCUUAGUAUUUGGCGGACACAACAUCUUUGUUUGUAUGUGGUGCUGAGGAUUGAACCCAGAGCCACACGCAUGCCAGGCGAGCCUGCUACCGCUUGAGCCACAUCCCCAGCCACAAUGGCCUUUUUUGAGAUCCACAAGUCACACUUUUGCCUUCUUCAACUCCUCACUCCAGUGAGCCCCUCUGUCACCAUUCUAUUUAAAAUUAAAAUAUUUCUACAGACUCUAUA